UUAGUUUUUUAAUAAUAUAUUUAAUUUCCUGUUGUUUUCACUUUGAUGAUGGUAUGAUGGACUGCUUCUUUUUUUCUCCUCUUCUCCUUUUUACCUGUCGGAAAGUUGCUUUCUUUUGACUUUUAUUUCUUGGGUUUUUUGUCUGGUGCUAAGUAAAUUGCUUUCUGCUGUGAAUUUUUUACUUGAAUUUUUUUUUUCAUUUGUGGUUCUCAAUUUUGUUUUCUUGGAUGAAAUUUGAGGUUCUUUGAACUGGGUUUUGGGGAUAUUUUGUUCUAAGAGAGGUGGGCAAGAAUUGUGAUGAGAAGUGAUGAACAUUAAAUACUGGCUGCACAAACAAAAAUCGAAAUUGAGGAAGAUGAUGAAAUGUAUCUGCUCGGGCGAGCACUUGGGAAAAGAUGAAGUAAUUCACUCUUCGGAGUCGUUGGCCACUCGGGAUUAUUCGGCGAGUGGAUAUUCCUCUCGAGCAGGUGAAACUGAAAAAGCCGACACGAGUAAUAUAGAAGAGGCGGAAUCUUCUCUUCGAGAGAGUGGCUUUUUGAAUUACGAGGAAGCAAGGGCAUUAUUGGGAAGACUCGAAUAUCAAAAGGGGAAUGUGGAAGCUGCUCUUCGUGUUUUCGAAGGAAUCGAUACUGCAGCGGUUAUUCCAAGAAUAAAAAUAACUAUAGUUAGAAGAUGCGAGAUUUCGAGACGUCACUCUCAAAGUGAAAAUACUCCACCGAUGUCGAUGCAUGCCGUUAGUUUGCUUGUCGAAGCUAUUUUUCUCAAAGCAAAAUCGUUACAAGCCCUUGGUAGAUAUUCAGAAGCAGCUCAAUCAUGCAAGGCAAUAUUGGAAACAUUCGAAACCGCAAUACCCAACGGGCUCCCCGAAAACUUCACCUCCGAAUAUAAACUCCUCGAAACCCUAAACAAAGCAGUCGAACUACUCCCCGAGCUAUACAAACUCUCGCACUCCCCUCAAGAAGCAAUCUCAUCCUACAGGCGAGCCCUACUCUACAAAUGGAUCCUCGAAAUCGAAACUCGAACCAAAAUUGAAAAAGACUUUGCGAUAUUCCUCCUCUACAGCGGCAACGAGGCGGCACCACCCGACCUCCGCUCGCAAAUCGAGGGCAAUUUUGUUCCGAAAAACAACGUGGAGGAAGCUGUGCUCCUUCUGCUGCUUGUGUUGAAGAAAAUUGUGCUCGAGAGAGUUGAGUGGGACCCAUCUGUAUUGGACCACCUGGCGUUUGCGCUGUCGACAGGUGGCGAGUGCAAAUCGCUCGCUCGUCAGAUCGAGGAUUUGCCGCAAGGUACAGUCGGGAGUAGAGAAAAGUACAAUUCUUUAGCUCUUUGCUACCAUGCGGAAGGCGACGAUGUAAUCGCGUUGAAUUUAUUGAGGAAUUUCUUGAAUAAUCGAGAGAAUAAUAACCGUGACUGCGAUUUCGAAUUAUUGCUUGCUUCGAAGAUUUGUACAGAACGAGAUUAUUCAGAAGAAGCGACGAGGUAUAUACACAAACUUCUUGCUAACAACGAGUGGGAAAAAUCGGAAAAAUGCCAAGAAAGAGUGAGUUAUGCGAACUACUUGCUAGGUUUAUCACACUCGGCUCGAUCGAGGGCCGUCGGAUCAGAUUCCGAGAGAAUAUUGAAUCAAUCCGAGGCGUUGAAAUAUCUCGAGAAUGCUCGAAGAAUGACAAAGGGGAAAUAUUCGAGGGUGCUUUAUUCUCUAAGUCUUGAAAAUGCCGAGCAGAGGAAACUCGAAGAUGCGCUUUAUUAUGCGAAGGAGCUUUUGAGAUUGGAAGGCGGUUCGAGUGUGGAAGGGUGGAUUCUCUUGGCUCGUAUUUUGUCGGCUCAAAAGAGGUAUUUAGAUGCUGAGAAUAUAAUAGAUGCUGCUUUGGAAGAAUCGGGGAAAUGGGAACAAGGGGAGUUGUUGAGAAUGAAAGCGAAGCUGCAGAUUGUGCAGGGGUGUUUAAUUGAUGCGGUCGAAACGUACACGAAGAUUCUCGCGGUUGUUCAAGUUCGAAGAAAGAGUUUCGGUGGGGUCCACGAAAAUCUCUUCAAAGUAUGUGCUACAUAUAUUAUUGGAGUUUAUUGCAAUUAGUACCCUUGUGUUUUAUCGAAUUGCUAAAAGACUACCCCCAUGUUAUUUUUAUUGG